AUGAACGUCGAAAAAAUAGAAAAGCUUGAAGACAUCGUCACAUUAGGUGACAACAAAACUAUCAUAGACCACCAAGUGAAACGUUUGACAGCAGCUGGUGAAAACUAUGGCAGUUUAAUGCUUAGUGUUGAUAUCACCGUCCAAAAUGCCUACGGUACUGAAGAAAUUCACACCGUUGCAAAGAUGAUACCACCCAAUGAAUUCAUCCAGAAAAUUUUCAACACCCAGACGACUUUCAAAAACGAGAUUGCCUUUUAUAAUAACGUAGUACCAGUGUUGCACGAGUUCCAGAGGGAACAAGGUAUGGACGAACUUGUAGACUUUUUCCCUAAGUACUACGGAGGUCGGAUUAAUUUAAGUGGAGAUCCGAGUGUUGUGGAUUCGGAUGCUGUUCUUCUGCUAGAGAAUUUAAAAAUAGCCGGCUACAAGAAUUUCGAGCGAACAUUAGGCUUUGAUUUAGACACCUCUAAAUUAAUAGUCGCUGAUUUGGCACAUCUGCAUGCAGUACCGUUAGCACUGAAACUGAAAAAACCCGACGUGUUUGAAACUAAAGUGAAGAAGUACACAGCACCUUUCAACGUUCAACGACCCCCUGCCUCCUACCAAAAACUGUUUGCUGUUAUUGAUAAAAUAGAUGAACUGAAAAUUUUCAAGAAGAGAAUUCAAGAGGCUUUGGACAACUCCUUGCCACAGAAGGAGGUGCGUGAACCCUUUGCCACCUUUGUACACCAGGACUGCUGGGUAAACAACACCAUGGUCAAAGUGGAAAAAGGGAGAUCCGUGAAGAAUAAGUUGGUUGAUUUCCAAAUUUGCGACUACGGAUCGCCCGCUGUAGAUUUGAUUUUCUUUCUUUUCUCAAGUGUACAGAAUAACGUGCUGGAAAAUCAUUACGAUGAUUUAGUCCGGUACUACCACCAAACGUUCACGUCGAUCUUGCAGAAACUCAAAUGUGAGACGACGAGAUUCUCAUUUGAUGCUUUCUUGAAGGAAAUUAAUCAUGAAGCUGUCAGUUCGCAGUUCAAGCAUUUGAUGUUCAUGACUUUUCCAAUUUUUGCACGAAAAGGGACUGUGAAGGAGCUGACGGAACUAACGCCAGAGGAUUUCAUAGCGGAAUCAACCGACAUCACGGAUCUUCACAAAGAAAAACUAAUUUUGAUUGUUAGGCAGUUUGCUAAACACAACUGGAUUUAA